AUGACAAAGGACACUGGCCAACAACCUUCUGUUCUACAUAAAGGUUGUAAUUCUGCCAGUUGUUGUUCUCCAGCAAAACUAUGGCGUACACUUCAGUCAUUGGUCAAAGGUGAUGACAAGAAGGAACUCAUCAAGUUCUUCAAAGAUGAUCGUUUAGAGCACAUUGUUCGAGUUGCCCUGACAUCUAGAAUCACAAAUGAUGCUGCUCUCUAUCCUCCAUCUCAGCAACACAAGGUGAUCCGACUCACUGCGACAAGAGAAUCUAUGCUGUGCCUUGGUAAAUCCUUCACUGAUUUAAACCUACUUCAAUUGGCUCUGAUGACCAGCUCUGAAUCUACGGUCAUGGCUCUUUUGGCACAACUGAAACUUCAUGCAACUCCAGCUCAACUCAAGCACUUUAUCAACCAUGUCUGGGGCCAAGGAAACACCAGCUUACACCUGGCUGUAUUUCUUAAAAGGCAUUUGGUGGUGAAGGCUUUGCUGGAUCUGGGAUGCUUAUCAGAUGUCUCUAAUGCAAGGAACAAACGAGCUGUUGAUUGUUGUUUUGGUGAUCAAGCUAUAUUGGAUCUAUUAUUGUGCCACAAUAACAAAGAAGUACAACCAGUGGUGGCAGCAGCCAAGAAACAACGUACGGUCGACCUGAGGAAGGAUGAAACUGUUUGUCAUGCACCACCUACUAUAGUGGAACAACCCAAGGCUCAAUUGAUUCUAGACCAACCACUACCAACGAAAACUGAGCCACUGCUUACCUCAAAAGAAGAUGCUUAUGCGCACAUCAGUGAUUUAGCUUGCCUCUACCAUGGUUAUUUCUUGUCAACUUUGAAACAUCCAUCAUCCUCUUUUGUACAGCCGAAUCAAUGUGUCCCUUUGGCUCAAUUGAAAAAACCUCCUGAUAUAAUCAAAGAUUAUGCUACUUUUGAUGUCGCUGCUUACUAA